UGUAGUUAUCUUAAUUCAUUAAAUAAAAGGAGGGCUAGGGCCUGAUUCGUGAAUUUGCAAAACACAAAUCAACAAAAUGAGGGAAAUUGUUCAUAUGCAAGCUGGUCAGUGUGGGAACCAGAUUGGUGCUAAGUUCUGGGAAGUAAUAUCAGAUGAACAUGGAAUUGACCCCACAGGAACCUACCAUGGAGAUUCAGACCUGCAGCUAGAAAGAAUCAAUGUCUACUAUAACGAAGCAACAGGUGGAAAAUAUGUACCUCGUAGCAUUCUUAUCGAUCUUGAGCCAGGAACUAUGGACUCCGUCCGAUCAGGCCCAUUUGGACAAAUCUUCAGACCAGACAACUUUGUGUUCGGACAGAGCGGUGCCGGGAACAACUGGGCUAAGGGUCAUUACACAGAAGGAGCUGAAUUGAUUGACUCAGCUUUGGACGUUGUCAGAAAGGAAGCGGAAAGUUGCGACUGUAUUCAGGGAUUUCAACUCACACAUUCACUGGGAGGUGGUACUGGAGCCGGUAUGGGAACACUUCUCAUUAGCAAAAUCCGUGAAGAGUACCCCGACAGAAUCAUGAACACAUUCUCCGUUGUCCCAUCUCCAAAAGUAUCCGACACCGUAGUGGAACCCUACAACGCUACCCUCUCCGUUCACCAACUGGUCGAGAACACAGACGAAACAUAUUGCAUCGAUAACGAGGCUCUCUACGACAUCUGUUUCCGUACCCUCAAACUCACCACUCCAACAUACGGUGACCUCAACCAUCUCAUCUCCGCUACCAUGUCCGGCGUCACAACAUGUCUUCGUUUCCCUGGUCAACUGAACGCUGAUUUAAGAAAGAUCGCCGUCAACAUGGUUCCAUUCCCUCGUCUUCACUUCUUCAUGCCCGGGUUUGCUCCAUUGACAUCACGUGGUAGUCAGCAGUACAGAGCUCUGACAGUUCCAGAGCUUACUCAACAGAUUUUUGACGCCAAGAACAUGAUGGCCGCCUGCGACCCACGUCACGGAAGAUAUCUGACAGUUAGCGCCCUCUUCCGUGGUCGCAUGUCAAUGAAAGAGGUUGACGAGCAGAUGUUGAACGUCCAGAACAAGAACAGCAGCUACUUUGUAGAAUGGAUCCCCAACAACGUCAAGACCGCCGUCUGCGACAUCCCACCACGUGGUCUAAAGAUGUCAGCGACAUUCGUUGGAAACACAACUGCCAUUCAGGAGCUCUUCAAGCGUGUGUCUGAACAGUUCACUGCCAUGUUCCGUCGUAAAGCUUUCUUGCACUGGUACACUGGUGAGGGUAUGGAUGAGAUGGAGUUUACUGAAGCGGAGUCCAACAUGAACGAUCUAGUAUCUGAAUACCAGCAGUACCAGGAUGCAACAGCGGAAGAGGAAGGAGAAUUCGAGGAGGAAGAAGGAGAGGAAGAAGCGCAAUAAACAUUAUGAAAAAGCAGCAACUACGUCAUCCGUCCAAUUAUAUUUAUAUUAGUUUAUAAUGGAAAUCAUAGAUGAGAUUAGGACUAUCUAAUUAACAAAUUGUAAGAAAAGAGCUAACAACAUCACUACGCAAAACAUCGUUGUAUUUUGUGGCUCUGAACAAAAAAAUAAACAUGAUUUCAAAAUCA